UCAGUUUGGUUUUAAAGUGGUCUCACCGGGAAAGCGAUCGCAGAGAAUAUCACACACUUAAUAAGAUGGCCUCCUCGGUCCUCGCCUCUCAGUCUGUUCUGCUGGACACAGGGGCUCAGAUGCCCCUUUUGGGUUUGGGCAUGUACAAACUUGCCGCAGAGGAGGUGCACUGUGCAGUGGAUGCGGCCCUGGCUGCAGGCUACCGGGCCUUUGACAGCGCCGCCGUGUACCAAAAUGAAGCCAAGUUGGGUCGCGCCCUCAUGGAGCUCCUGCCUAAAUAUGGCUUGACCCGAGAGAAUGUCUUCAUCACCAGUAAGCUGGGGCCUAGAGAUCAGGGAGAGAAAGCCAUGGAAGGAGCCCUCUGCAGUCUGUCUCAACUGGGGAUGGAUUACAUCGACCUCUACCUAAUCCAUUGGCCUGGCACUCAGGGCCUGGAUGUGGCUGACCAGCACAACUCAGGUAACAGAGCUCAGAGUUGGGCCGCCCUGGAGGAUCUGUUUAUUCAGGGGAAGCUGAAGGCCAUCGGGGUGUCCAACUUCAUGCCCGCUCAUAUGAGGGAGCUCAUGCUCAGCUGUAAGAUUCGCCCAGCGGUGCUGCAGGUGGAAUUCCACCCACAUCUGUGCCAGGCCGAGCUGAGGAGCAUGUGCAAGGAGUGGGGAGUGUGCUUCCAGGCUUACACCUCCUUGGGGAAAGGGGAGCUGCUCACAGACCCACUGGUGGUGGAAGUGGCAAAGUCUUGCAGCCGGACACCUGCACAGGUGCUGCUCCGCUGGGCAGUGCAGCAGGGCAUCCCCGUGCUGCCCAAGUCGUCCAAGCCGGAGCGGAUCAAGGAGAACGCCGGGAUCUUUGACUUCACACUAUGUGAGGACCACAUGGAGCAAUUGUCGGCCUUGGAGCGAGGACGCAGGUUCUGCUGGGAUCCUUCCCAAGUGGUUUAGUGGGAUGCACAUAUUGAACUCCUGAAUAACGUUGGGAGACUCUUUUACAACCACAAAUCACUCUUAAAUCACUUAUAACAUGAUUUAUUCAAGACCGCAUUUAGAAGAUUCACAGCUGUAGAGAAAAUGUACAAAAUGCAACUUUUCUUUGUUUUUCCACACCAGUUCAAGUAAUACCAAGUUGCAAAACUAUACAGGCCCGACUAUUUUUUAUUUUAUUUUGAAUUGGGCACAAGCAUCAUGUGUAACGGCGAGUGCAGUUUAAGGCGGUACUGCACGGCCGGCGUCGCAUUCAGAACAAGUUCAAGGCAGUUGAUUGGAUUCUAGCUUCUCGUUCUGCUCUCUUCCGAGGCGUCAGCACCGUGUACUUGAUGGAUGCAGGUCAACAACAUUGUUACGUCAACUCUCUUAUUAAAUGUUUGAUCCAAAAUAGUUGCAUCCCUUUUUUUAAAAGCUAAAAAAAGGGAUGCAACUAUUUUGUGUCAAACAAGUGUAAUUUAAAACCAAAACUGUUACAUUUUUUAAAUGUCUUCGGGGUUAUACAGUAUAUCAAUUUUAGUCUGUUCAUAAACACACAAUCAGGAAGAUAUAUAUUGAAUUAAAUACACAUGGUUGAAUGUUCAAAUUUUGAAAUAAGCCAAUUAGAUUGUCUCAACCCGCCCUCCUUUGAUUCCAUUUGGAGACGCUACAAUAAAACCAUUCAAAGACAGAACAAAUGCAACAUUGACCAUUUUGUACUCACCCCAUAUAAAUCACAUUAUGAUAUUAGCUGGUUUAUUUAAAAAACAUCUAUUCCUCCAGUGUAAAGUCGUGAAGAGUGCACACUAAAAAUGACUUGUUAAGGUAAAAAUCUCUGUUGGGACAAAACGUGACAUCAUCAAGCGUUCUUUUUGCGCCUCACCCGGCAGCCAUAUUGUCAACAUAUAUUACACUAACGUCACUGCAACCAUUACAAUGCCACCGUCACAUUGUUCAUCGCCUUGAUAAUAGAAUAAUAGCAAAAUAUUUACACUUUUAAACUUAAAAGUCUGUUAUAAUUCUUUGCUCGUCACGAGGAUUUUAAAAACAUAUCUUGAUUUGUGCUUAUUUUUUUGUCUUAAAAUGUCUUUUUUUUUUCCUUCUUGAUAUAGUAGACUAAACCUGAACUUUUACAAAAAGAUAUUGAGAUUGUCAGUGUAUAAGAUUGUUCUUCUCUUUGACAUACGGCACUUUGCAAAAGUACUUGGUCACCAUUAAACUUGUCUGCUGUAUUGACUUUUCCUUUUUCUAGCAGCUUAGGUAGUUUAGGGCCACACAGAAAAUAACAAAGAAAAUAAUGGACUAUGACAAUAGAAUAGACCAAAAUGUCUGUUGUAUUAUGAUGAACAAUAUUUGAUGACAAUGAAGUAUAGUAUCUGAGGAAAAAAAAAAAACCUGCAUUAUUAGAAAAAUGGUCAUUUAACCAGAUGAAAGCCAUUACUUUAUGAGGGAAAAAAAGAUGUAAUGUUGUAUUAAAAAGUAAUUGAUAACGAUGUAAUAUUUAGUGGUACAGUUUCUCGCAUUUUUCUUCCUUUUGCCUUUCUAAUAUUUGACUUCUUGUAAUAAUAAUAACAAUGUUUGAAGAAAAAUGUGGAAAUCUAAAAAAAAUAUGAAUUUUCAUAAUAUGGUGGAUUUUUUCAUGCAACUUCGAUGUUUUUUUAAAUUUUAUUUUCAGUCUGGCCCAAAUACAAAAAUAAUUUGAAACUGUAGUAAAUGUUGAGUGUGACACCCGGAGCUGCCACUCUUAAAGCGAACCUGAAUGGAUGUUCUUGCAAAAAAAAAAAGAGCAUUAGUCCUGCUAAUGACUCAAAAAGGCUGCUUAUCAAAAUAACCAAACCAGAGGUGACCUAAGACUUUUGCACAGCACUGGAUGGCUACAUUAAAACAUGUUCAUGAUUGAGUCAAGUUGGUCCAAAUGUUACAGGGGGUCUAUUAGAACACUUGGUGUUCGGCCCCCAGAAGACCUGAAACAGCGCAUAACGUGAGCCCCCCUCCCUCCAUCCUCUGUCUGUCUGUCUGCAGUCUGUUGCAUAGUGGUGUUGUGAGACGACCGACGUCGUAAGACCAUUUUGAAAUACUCCUCCUGCUUGUCAGCUUCCCAACAAUGACGUCACAACCAUAACAAAUACAAAAUAUGUCCCAUUACAUGUAGUUUGAAGAAAAGAGACCUGAGCUCGCACCUCAGUGUCACUGUCUCUCUUCACUCUGCUCAGUGCAGGCCAAAAAGUCCUCAUGGGGGAGGACGUCCCUCAUUCCUUCCCUUCUCGUCCUCUGUCCAGUCACAGCUUUGUUGUCCGCAGUCGGCGUUCCUACUCUGUGCGAUGACUGUGGUUCUCGUGGUGAUUGUUCUCGCCCUCCGUCUCCUGGUGGCUGAACAGGGCGCUCCACCAGGUUCUGGAGUGAUGCAUCGGCCUGGAAGUCCCGGCGUUCUUCAACUUUUUGAUUUCCUGCAAAAAAAAGGCGGACGUGAGGAGCAGUCUCAUCAUCUUUCGACCCCUCAAGAUAUUAUUAAUGGAAGUAACGUGCUCCCCUCACCCCUUUGUCAAAGAGGCUGUCGAACUCAUCGCUCAUUCGCCGCAGCUGCUGCCCGUACUUCUUGGCGGCCCAGAGCGCAGGAGGAGCCGACUUGGAGCGGCCUCGAAACGGAGCUCCGUCAGUGGGCGUACCAGCCUCCUCUUCCCCCCUAGUCUGGAGCUCCUCGUCUCUGGACACUGUGGAAGCGUGGGACUCCGAGUUGAGCCUGAUGCGACCCAUUGCUAGGCAGGACCAAGACAAGGUAAAAGACAUUUUGAUUGAGUUGGGUUAUUGAUUAGCUGCAACAAUCUUUACUACCUCUGAGCCUAGUUGGUCUACUUUUGUAACCUCUUAUGAAACAUAAUUAAGAUUAGUAAGCAAGAAGUAGCUGAAAACUCAAGGUGUCAUUCUUUUGAACGUGGUUUGUGCUGAUCUUGUAUGGCUUUCUACACCGACAAGUCACCUGUGUCCUAAUGUUUGUGGCGCCCCCGAUGGAUUGUACUCAACAUGCUUUGGAAGACACGCGUACUUAAAUGUAAUAAAGAUUAAAAAAAAACUAUCAUGAUGUUUACCGGGCUCCGUAUAAGUAUGUGAUAUUUUAGAUACAAUAUACACAUUACUGUGCAAGUAAUAUCUUACUAUACGUUAUACUGCGCAACCAAGUCAACUGUGGUAUGUUUGUAUGAGGUUAAGAAGCCGAGUUAUGGUGCCAUCUACUGUACAGAGUUGUAACGACAAGCUACACAGAUUUCCAUUAUAAUGUGUUUGUUUAUGAGCAAGGGUGAACAUGUAGUGCCAAAUCUAAUAA